AUGGCUGACGAACAUUUCUACUCGGCGGCUUCCGGGCAGUGUCCUGCCCCUGAGGAACGGCGCCUGUGGUCUGAAGAGACUGAAGAGAUGGACGACUCUGCCGAACUUGACCCUCGCCUUUGUUCGGAGGACCACGUGGCUAGCGCUAGCAAGCGGCUCAAGCCGGAUAAUCCUGGCUGCCUCUCCCCGACUGCCUCCCCUGUUAAAGCUGCCACCGCACCCAUGGAGGGUGUGCAGUCUGGUAGCUCUGAUACUGUCCUGGUCGACGGUGAGGUGCCCCUGGAGGACACGCACCCAGCCGCGGCCUCUGCUGCCCCGCGCCAACCCACCCGCCGCCGCCGCCUAGACUUUCCCGCCGAGGCCGGGCUGACACCAGCCCAGCAAUACGCGUGGUUUGCUUCUCUGCUGAAGCAGCACGGUGAGUUGGAGCCGCUCUUCAAGGAGGGUAGGCUCCGACCUUAUCUCACGGUCAGGGACGACGUCGCCUUCUACAAGCGGCUCCUCACUGAGGGGUUCCUCGACGUAGUUUUGGUCGAAAAUGCAGCGGAGCGGCAGCACACUGUCAUCAUCCACAAUGUGCCGCUCUACAUGAAUGCCAACCUCAUUGAGACCCCAGACAACUUUCUGUGGAUAAAGCGCAGGUAUGCGGGCACGGCCCCUCGCCCGCAGCUUCUUGGAGCGGUGGUUGGCCACGUCCCGACAGAGGUGCACCUCCUCGGGGUGGGUCGUAAGGCUGUGGAGCCCUACACGGCGGAGCCCGACAUCUGUCGCCACUGUUGCCGGUGGGGCCAUCAGGAGUGGCGCUGCAGAUCGGCCCCUCGGUGCCGGUAUUGUGCAGGCACACACAAAUCAGCUCUGUGCCUCCAAAAGAUCCAGGCGGGCACACCCGUCCCCCGUAAGUGCUGCAACUGUGGUGGUGAGCAUAACGCCCACUACCACUCCUGCCCGAUGAAGCCUAAACCAUCUCGGGUCGCGGCGCCUGACCACCACCCUCAGCAAGGCCGCCCUAGGCUUGUGUUCCGCCCUGCUCCUCUCCCUCAGUCCUCGGCCUGGGCCCGGGGGGCUCCCUCAACGUCCGAGUUUCUGCCCCUGCCGGGCUCGUCCGCCCCUGCUGCCCCAGCCUCACCCACUGCCACCCCUGUGCCUCGCCAGGCUCCUGCUCCGGCACCCCAGCCACAGCCUACCGUCCCCCCUGUGCCGGCUGCCAGUCCCCCCGCUGUCGAUGGGUCGACCCCUGUCCUCCAUCAGAUCCUCGCUGCAGUCACCCAGCUGCAGGAGACGCUGGCUGCCACGAUCUCCAGGGUGGCGGCCUUGGAGCAGCGAGUCUCCAUGCCCCCGCCUGCGCGUGAGCUCUCCUCCAUCCCGGCCCCUGCUCCAUCUUUGGCCCCGGCCCCGUGCCCUGCCCUGCCGUCUGCUGGUGAGGCCAUGGACGCCGAUAGUGGGGACAGUGUGGUUCCCCCUGCGGGCCAGAUGCAGAACACCCCUGCAACCCCACCGGCUGUGGUGACUGCAGCUGCCGAGGGAACGGCCGACCCUCACCAUGGCCAGACGGGUCCUUCACCUUCACCCGCUGAUCCUCCACUGCAGUGGGAGGCCACACUCCAGGUGCUGCUGGCGCAGUUUGCUUCCCUGACUCAGCAGGUGGCUGAGCUCCAUCAUCGGAUCACCCCACUCCUUGACCGGCAACCACCCCCUCCUGACCAGUGUUUGCUGAGUGACCACUUUGCCCUGGAGACGACCAUCCCGAUCCAGCCUGCCCCUGCUGUGUCCCGGAAGCGGUUGGCUGUCCCUGCUGCCCGGAUGCCGCGCCUCGUUGCCGCAGUCGGGGCGUGGUACCAUACUGUGAAGGGAUCCUUUACCGACGCCGCCUCACUGUACCACGGCCUGCUGGACACCGUCGAGAGUUAUGUUGCAGCUGGCAGGGCCCCUCCAAGGCCCGCCAAGCGCCGCCUGCAGACCUACGCCUCGGACCCGGCUGUCUCCAACUGUCAGCGGAUCCUUGCCUCGUACCAGCGGCGCUGGCAGCAGGACCCCGCCGAUCGGGCUGCCCGCGAUGCCAUGGUCGCUGUGGCGCACCACCUCACUGAACUCAGAUAA